AAACGAUUCGAUUCACGCGGCUAAUUGUUAUUUUCUAGGAAAUAGCUACGCUUGGUUGCCACUGACAUCAUAUCUAAGAGACGGAUAAGUGACAGUGCAUAUAAAAGUUACACUGUAUGCGAGCGGAGCGUAUUUUGUGAGAGACAUUACUUUACGUAUAGAGCGAGUUACAUGUUUACAGAAACUGGUCUUGGUCGAAAUCCAACAUGGCGGAACAGACAGUUAAUAUUAACUGCAGUAUCUGUUUAAACGACUAUACAGAACCUAAAACUAUCGAAUGUGGACAUGAAUUUUGUGUGAAAUGUUUGGAAGAUUAUGUUAGUAAAGUUGGCAAAGAUAACCGGUUCCCAUGUCCUCUGUGUCGUAAAGAUGUCACCAUUCCAGAUGGCGGAAUUAAAAAUCUUUCGUCAACUGGUAAAGCAGAGGCAGUGGCUUCUAAACCUUGUGACGUUUGUAUAUCUUCGCCUGUAGCCGAGUUUCAGUGUGUCAAUUGUGAUAAAUGUUUCUGCUCAUCUUGUAAGAUUUCACAUGAUUUGUUUCUUUCGGAUCACCACGUUUUGGGGAUAAAUGAAACUGUAAAAAUACAAAAAGGACGAAAAACCUUUUGCAGCCGCCAUAAAACUGAGAAAUUGGAAUUUUAUUGUCAAGACUGUUGUCAGAUCAUCUGUAAAAUUUGUAUGCUGUCAUCUCACCAAGACCAUAAUACACCGGAAAUAUGCGAUUAUAGGAGCGAGGCUAUAGAGGAAUUACAGAAACUAAGGCAACAAUUGGAUGAAAAGAAAGCUGAAUUUCAAAAUUAUUCUGAUGAGGUAUGCAAGAAGAUUAACAAUAUGAAUGAAUCUGUUCGUACAUCCUGUGCUGCAAUUGAUCAGCAAGUUAAAAGCAUCUGUGAUGACGUCACGAAAAGUGGUGAACAAUUAAAAGAGGAAGUACAAAGCACAUGUAAAGAAGAAGAACUGAAGAUGAAGAAGAUCGUUGAUGAUACAUAUAAAUUUAUCGUCCAGAUAGAGAAGGUCACGGAGUAUAUAACUAAUAUCCUGAAAGACGAUCCAAUGCAUGACGUAUUAGAUGCUUUACCAGAUACACGAAAACAGCGAGACGAUUAUCAGUCACAUGAUUUGACCAUGACAUAUGACGUGAAAAGUGAAUUCAGCCAAGGGCAGAUAAUUACCAGUAGAUUACAAGAAAUGCUAGGCACCCUUCAAAUUUUACGUGGACCGACAUUAAAACAUAGUUUUAAUUAUGGAAUACUGAGUACCACGAAGGACGAAUGGUUUUACAGUCCUGUCUUUAAAAUACAAGAUUGGUCAUGGUAUAUCAGAGCAAGAAAUACAUCCUAUAAAGAUGGUAAUUAUCUAGAUCUUGGUACGGUUGUUUAUUUUGGAGACAGGGUUACUGGAUCCUGUACAGUUAAAGUUACAAUGGAGUUGACCAAUAAAUCAAAUUCAAAGAAACAGACUUUUACACAAACAUUUAAACUACCAUUUGGUCAACUAAACUGGACUAAAAUCACCCCUUAUAGUAAUUUAUCUGUCUUCGCCUUUAUGAGAGAUGAUAGUUUUACUGUUAAAUGUACAGUACUUACAACAGAUAUAGAAACAUUUUAAUGUUUUAAUAUGGGAUAAUUGAUACUUGCUAGAUGUUAUAAUAUGUUAUAGUUGCUACUAUAAUUGAAGUUAUCAUAUGCUAUAAUUAUUACUAUGAUAUAAGUUAUUAAAAGGCCAUUGUUAUAUAAUAGAAAUGUUGUAAUUGUUACUAAUCGUUAUUAUAAAGGAAGUAAUAAUAUAAAUUUAAGUAUACAGUAAAGAUAUUGAAAUUGUUUCUACAAUAGAAAUUAUAAUACUUUGAAUAUAUUUAUAGAUUUAAUUGUACUGUACUUACAUCAGAUACUGCUUUGUGUACAGUUGGGUUGGAUGGCCGAAUGGUUAGCACGUGCGCGCUGUAUCGUAAGGUCUGACAUUGAAUCAACUGGCGUGGUUUCGAUUUCCCAGUUGUACAAGGCAAGGAGUGGGGUCGCCUUCGAACCUCCAUGGGUUUACUCCGGUUCCUCCGGUUUCCUCCCACUGUGAAAUAACCCUACGCGCAAGCGAAUUGUUGAAAUAAAAUUGAACCAUGUGUUAGUCCCAAAAUGACCUAGUUUGUGUCGAGUGGACGUUACGCCCCCUCCCCCCCUCUCUCUCUCUCUCUCUCUCUCGGUGAACAAGUAUCUAUCUCUCCCGCCUCCCCCCGCCCCCUCUCUCACACACAUAAAUUGCACUACAUUGUUUUACAAACCGAUUUCAAAACAGGUUUAAUAACAUUUUAAAGUACAUUUUUGUCGCCCAUCGGAGGAGCUCGCCAGAAAUUACAUAUAUUAAGGUACAUAACAUACAAUGUUUACGGCAGAUAAAUACAUAAAAAAAAUCAACCACU